UCAUAUGACUCAUAUCCAAGGACAUAUAGAGGAAACUUCAUACACCCAAACACCCAAACAAAAUAGGUGUUGAUAUUAAAUUAAUGAAUUAAUCAAUCAAAAUCAAUCAAUAAAAUUUUGGUCAAACUUUCAAAAUGAGCAUCUUAAAACACACCAUCAACACGAACACAAUUAUAACUUGACCCCACUAUUGACUUCCUUUAUUCUUCUUUCCCUUAAAUACACCCUUUUAUUCUCUCACUUCUUUUUCUCACACAACAAUUACAUUCAUUUUCUCUCUCAAACAACAACAACAAUUUCACAAUUUACAAGAAAAAAAAAACAAUUUCAAUUAAAUUUGAAAAAAAAAAAAUCAAUAAUGUCAGUAGUAGUGUCAAAUUCCCCUGUUUUUUCACCAUCUCAUCACAAAUCAAUCUUCUCAAGUUCAACACUUUCUCCUCGAUCUCGUGUUUCUCCAUCAUCGAACAGUUUCCGGCAGAGUUACGGCGGAGAUGGGGCGGCGUCGACGUCGGGAUAUUCUCCGGCGACGGCGGUUAUGAAGAGAAAAAGGCCGGCGAGAUUGGAUAUUCCUAUGAUGAAUAUGGGUUUUGGAGCUCCGGUGACGCCGAGACCUGUGCAGGAAUCAAUGGUGGAAGAUGAUUUUGAUGGGUUUUACUCUGUUUGUUGUAAGAAAGGUAGGAGAGCUGUUAUGGAGGAUCGAUUUUCUGCUGUGCUUGAUAUUCAGGGUGAUUCUAAACAGGCAUUCUUUGGUGUAUUUGAUGGUCAUGGUGGUGUUAAAGCUGCUGAAUAUGUAGCAGAAAACCUAAACAAAAAUAUAAUGGCCGAAGUAGUUAGGAAGGACGAGGAGAACACCGUUGAGGAGGCUGUUAAACACGGCUACUUGAAAACAGAUUCCGACUUUUUGGAACAAGAGUUGCUCGGUGGUUCGUGUUGUGUUACAGCCUUGAUUACCGAGGGUGACCUUAUCGUGUCUAAUGCUGGUGAUUGUCGGGCUGUCUUAAGCCGGGGUGGUGUGGCUGAGGCACUCACUACUGACCAUAGACCCUCGAGGCAAGACGAGAAGGAUCGAAUAGAAGCCUUGGGUGGAUACAUUGAUUCUUACAAUGGUGUUUGGAGAAUACAAGGAUCCCUUGCCGUGUCUAGAGGAAUUGGAGACAGGCAACUCAAGCAAUGGGUGAUUGCUGAACCUGAAACGAAGGUUCUCAAAAUCAAAUCCGAUGAUGAGUUCUUGAUCCUAGCAUCCGACGGUUUAUGGGAUAAGGUUACUAAUCAAGAAGCUGUAGAUCUUGUCCGACCUUUGUGCACUGCAAGUGACAAAAUUCAGCCACUAGCAGCUUGUAAGAAACUGAUUGAGUUAUCUGUUUCGCGAGGCUCUUUAGAUGAUAUUAGCGUAAUGAUAAUCCAAUUGCCGCAAUACAUGAAGUAGCUCACCCUGACUUAGAACGACGAGGCAAGCAAACUCUAUAACAAAGUUGAGAUACAAAUAGCUGGAUUAUACACUGCUUGUAGACUUGUAGUAUAGCUUUGUAGCGAGAUUUCGCAAUCUGUUUCUCAGUUGAGAUGAUAUAGAUAAUACUUUUAUAAGCGAUUAGUAGGUAGGAAGUUCAUAGUUAAUCUAAUCACAGUACUAUUCUUUAGGGGAAUUCAUGCCCUUCCAGAUGUAGGCAUAAAUGACCAUAUUCUUUGCAUAAUUCAUUGUAAUAACAACUCAAUAAAGUUGCACUAACAGAUUCUUUUGACACAUACA